AGAGUCAGUGGUUAGGGUUUUUGGCACGCGAGGGCGCCCGUGCCUGUCGCCGUCGUGGAGCUCCUAGGAGCUGUAGAUCUUGACGCAUUUCUCUCGAUCGAUCUCUCGAUCUGUCCAUCUCCAGCUCCCGUGGCGUAUGCGACUGCGAGCGCCGACCGACGGCGGUGAGCGAUGCUUUCGAAUGAGAAGGCGUCUGUGACGAAAGAGCAGAACGAGCGGCACAAGAAGAUCCUAGAGGGACUGCUGAAGCUGCCAGAGAAUAGGGAAUGCGCUGAUUGUAGAAGCAAGGGUCCGAGAUGGGCUAGCGUCAAUUUGGGAAUUUUUUUGUGCAUACAAUGCUCUGGAAUUCAUCGGAGCCUCGGAGUUCACAUAUCAAAGAUACGAUCCGCGACGCUGGAUACAUGGCUCCCCGAGCAAGUUUUAGUAAUGCAAGGUUGGUUCUUUUCUCGUUUGAUUUUUUGUUUUUCGUGGCUGAGCUUUCUUUGCGUAGAAACGGGUAAUGCGAGAGCCAACAGCCACUGGGAAGCGGAACUGCCACCCAACUAUCGUCGUCCGACGGAAAACGAUCGAAUUGGCCUCGAGAAUUUCAUCAGAGCAAAAUACGAUGCGAAGAGGUGGAUUCCAAGGACUAAGCCGUCUAAAUCACCGGAGAGGCACGCAACCAGCGAAGAUCGUGCGAGGCAGCUGAAAGCUGAUACGACGCAUAGAAAAGCUGAUGGCAGUAAGACACCGCCAAGAGGCAAGCGAGUGGCUACUGAUAACACGGAUGUGCCUGAAGAGCCUCGGCGUUCUUCAGCGGAUUCUUCAGGGAAGACACCGAAUGCGAACUCGAGGGAAAAUGUGAAGACUCCUGAGAAGCCUCACGUUCCACAAGUAGCAGAGAAGCCAGCUCCUCCGAAAGUUGAUCACGCGGCGGACCUCUUCAGCCUUCUAACAGUCGCUACUCCUGAGACGGAAACGCCAUCGGGAUCCGACGAGAACUUGUGGGCGGCUUUUCAAGCUGCCGAUACUUCCACUACAGCCCCGGAUGCCACAGCUGCUACUGCCACACCUGAUCAAACAGAAAAGAACACAUCUACUGUGAAGUCUGUCACGUCCGAGCUCGAAGAUUUGUUCGCAGCGUCCCCGAUAAUCACAGCAAAGCCAGAAGCGCCUCCAAAGGAUGUGAAGAAAGACAUCCUUAGCCUUUUCGACAAGACACGCAUGACAUCUCCUUUCACUCUGCACCAGCAGCAAGUGGCGGCACUGCAGCAGUCGAUGCUUGCCGCGUCUCAAAUGCCGCGGCCGCCAUAUCCCAUACCUCAUCAGCCUCUAGCAAACAAUACCACCAUACCAAGCAGCGCGAGCAAAGAGGCUGAGAAUGGACACCUCCAUCUCUUGGGCGGUCUCCAGUUCCCCGCUGGACCUCCAAACGGUGCCUUGCUGCAAAAUGGCACGGCACCACAGCAACCAGCAUACCAAGGAUAUGGGAACCAAACAAGCUCGCAAUCGUUCUCGGCUCCAGUGAUGUCUGCCUCCUCGUAUCCAAACGGUGCGAAUCACCAGCACCAUGGCGGCGGCUCCUCCAGAUCGAGCAGCGGCAGCAAGCAGCAGCCGCUCGUCACUCCAUCGUCCGGCGCGAGUUUUGAUUUCUCGUCUCUCGCCAAUGACGCAUUCUUCAAGCGCUAAGAGUUUGUACAUUUUUUAUCUCUCCUCUAUAGUUACUAUGAUUUUUAACACAAUGAACAAUAAAGAUUCUGUAGUAUAUUCGUUUGGCGGUAA